AUGGCUGCUAGCCACUGGAAUGAGACCACGACCUCUGUUUAUCAGUACCUUGGCUUUCAAGUCCAAACAAUUUACCCUUUCCAUGACAACUGGAACACUGCCUGCUUUGUCAUCCUGCUUUUGUUCAUAUUUACUGUGGUAUCCUUAGUCGUGCUGGCCUUCCUGUAUGAAGCACUUGACUGCUGUUGCUGUGCAAAGAACAAAACUGUGAAGGACUUGAAAAGCGAGCCGAACCCUCUCAGGAGUAUGAUGGACAACAUCAGAAAACGUGAUAGUGAGGUGGUCUAG